UCCAGCACAGCCUACGAAGAAAUGGACAACUUUGCCGAGCUGACCGAGAUCCAACGUUUCUACCGUGGCUCUACGAUUUUUCUCACGGGCGCGACUGGAUUCAUCGGAAAACUCAUCCUCGAAAAGAUUCUGAGAUGCCUGCCGGUGAAAAAAGUGUUCAUCUUGGUGCGCACCAAAAAGAACCAGAAGCCGGACCAACGCUGCGAAGAAAUUUUUGCUUCUCCCGCCUUUAAUUUGCUCAAAAGAACCGAUCCGGAUGCAUUGAAAAAAGUAUCGAUCAUGACGGGCGACUGCGCACUUCCGGACCUGGGAUUUAGCGCUCAGACGAGAAAGAUAUUCGUCGACGAGGUGGACACCAUCAUACACUGUGCCGCUACUACCAGAUUCGAUCAUGCGAUCCGCCAGGCGACCUUCAUCAACGUCCGGUCAACGAGGGAUAUCAUCCGGAUGGCCAAGGACAUUAAAAAGCUGAGGACCUUCAUUUACAUGGGAACGGGUUAUUCCAAUUGCAACCAAUCGGAAAUCCAAGAGAAGACUUACGAACCGAAAAUUGCGGCAGACCGGCUUAUAACGAUUUGCGAAAAUUUAGACGACAACAUUCUAGAGUUGGCAACCCCGCAGCUGAUCGAAGGUUGGCCAAAUACAUACACCUUCACCAAGCAAAUCACGGAAGACUUGAUCAACAGAGAAUGUCAAUCGAUGCCGGUCUGCAUAAUGAGACCUACUAUCGUGCUUUCAACUGCUUCCGAACCGAUGACUGCUUUCGUUGACAACGUAUUUUCUUUGGCUGGUUUCGUCCUGAGUAACGCUGUAGGCAUCAACAGGAUCACUUACUACAAAAACGUCAUUACAGACAUAAUUCCGGCUGAUUAUGUGGUGAGCGAAAGUAUAGCCGCAGGAUGGUACGUCGGACAUCAGUUUAAAGCGACCAGCAGACUGGACGUUCCUGUAUUCAACAUCAGUAGCGGCAGCGAGAAUCCCAUAACUCAAGACGAGCUUUACGAUUUUGUGGACUAUUACUGCAAGCAGGUGCCGAGCCCCAACAUUCCUGCCUAUCCGUGUUACUUUAGGACUACCUGCAAAUAUAACUAUCUCUUCGUAAGAUUUUUCCUCCACACGUUAUUGGCUUACGUCGUCGACAUGGGCGCAAAGAUUUCUGGCAAGACUCCCAUAAUGGUUGAGAAUAUCAAGAAACUCCACAAGUUCCAAGAGUCCUACGAGUACUUUACGACCCAUGAGUUUUUCUAUCACACGGAGAACACGCACAAGAUGCUACGCAGAAUGACGUUCAAGGACAAGGAAAUGUUCCAAUUCGACGUGACUACCAUCAAUUGGCUCAACUAUUUCUCUCGCUACUCGAAGGGUCUGAGGGUGUACAUACUGAACGAUCCCCUGGAAACUGUACCUCAGGGCAAGAAGACCUUCAAAAAGCACGAAAUUGAGUUGUACUUUUCCGUCGCACUUGCCGUCGUAAUUUUUUACGUUUUGGCGAAAGUGGCGUUGUUUAAAGUUCUGCCAGCGAUUUUCGUCCUGUUGCGGUAUUGCCUAAGGCCUGUCCUGUGUUAAUCGAUUAGGUAUUCGAUUAUGAGGGUUA